AUGGGGCGCAUGGAUUUAUUCGCAGACGUCGCUCAAGAAGCAGCCGCUCCACCAGCCGGAGUUGACCCGGCGGUGUGUUUGCGUGCUGUGACUGUCGCCUCUGUGCAGCGAGUAGCGGCUUCGGAUUCCGAAAAGACGAAAGCCAUCAUGAAUUGCCUUGCAGAAGCUCAAAUUUUGCAGGCAUUGCCCGACAAGGAUGUGGGGAUUUUGCUGGACUUACUUGUUCGAGGGAUGCUCUGCCGAGGGGAUGUAAGCAACGCGUUUCGGGGGGAGUUGCUGUCACGACUUUUAGAAACAAGGUUAAGACGUGGGACGUAUAGUUCUCUUAUCGAAAGGAGCGGGAAACUAGAGCUUGGUUUAGCCGUGUUUCAUCGUGCCAUUGCGACUGGUAUAGAGCCCAAUCGCAAGAUGUUGCACGCUGUUUUAGGGCUUUGUUUUUCGGCCGGUGAUGGUGCUCGGGCAAGGGCUGUUAUGGCUGAAAUGGCAGGGAGAGGGAUCAGAGUCAAUGGAGACACGAUUUCUUUGUUGCUGGCUCGCGCAACGUGUCCCGACACUAUCUCCGCAGUGCUUAAUUUAGUGCAGGGUGGAGACUCAGUGUCAUUGUCGCCAUCUCUAGCCAGACCUUUUGUGGAAGCAUACCUAAGAGUGCCUGCGGUCAAACAAGAGGAGAUUGACGGAAACAUUGCUAAUGCCUUUGAGAUUGUCGAUUGGUUCUUUGACCGGCGUAUCGGCGUCCCCCACGGAGCCAUUGACGCAAUUCUUGAAUACUGUGUUCGCACUGAGCACACAGAAGGGGCAUUGCGAGCAUGGAGGGAAAUGCGACGAGGGUGGCUUGGGCCGCCGGGUCGGAAAACGAGACAAAAGCUCUGGGUGAUGUUGGAAUUUCGGCCGCAGUUGAGAGAACGACUUAUUGGGGAUGUCGCGGACGCAGAACAAUUGGGGAAGUUACGUCGCGUGGCACUGGCGCACACGGACAACAGGGAGGUAGAUAUGGAGGUUUUGGAGAGUACUGAUGCUAAAGAUCAGGCUGCGGUGCUCCAUCGCUGGUCGCGAAGCGGGCGAGCAGAACAGGCGAUGCAAUGGAUUGAGAGGCAGAUAGCCGAAAAGCGCAACUGCGGAGUGGACUCACGAUUAGUACUUGCUGUAUUAUCUGAUGAGGACGGCGGGACAAGAAACAAGUCUCUCGAUUUUUGUUUAACGCAUCUAGCGUCGGGAACAAGUGUCAACGGCAACCGCGCUGACGUUCUGAGACGGACUGUAGAUGCGAUUUGGAGAUGGAUUUUGCGUGCAGAAGACCGACAUGAGUACCGGAACGUGCUGUUCGACGACAGUGUCGAUCGCAGCGAGCUUCAAGCCUGCUUGGAGCGCGUUGUGCGUGUCAAACCGGUGCCUGCGUAA